GAUUAUUUUGUUCAAUUUUUUUACUGGAAUUUUUAAGAUGCAAAUAAGUCCGUGUAAUGAAAUUUGAUAAAACGAAUUUUUUUGUGUACCUAAUAAAAUUUCUAGAUUGUGAUUCUGUAUUUUUUGUCAUAUGAAAGAGUUGAAACAAAUAUUUUCAUUGGCCAAUACUGAAGUACAGUAGUUGGCAAAUGAAAGUUUCAACUAAAGGAUUUUACUCGGAAGAGCAUUAAAAAACAAAAUCAGGAUAAUCUGAUAGCAUAGAACAGUGAAGCAAUAAACUUCAACAGAGAGUCUUCGGACUUCGUUUUGUACUGCAUUUGACUGAGUUUGGGAAUUCGGACUUUAUUAACGUCAUAGUCUUUUAAAUAGUCGUCAAACUGCCGAGCAACGGUUUACGAUCGACAGUAUAUGUCCAAUAAAACGUCAAGCUUCAGCCAUUUUCGUCUUUGAUUAGGGCCGAAUGUAGCCAUUUGCGCAUAUUGUGAAUUAAGUUAGCCCCAUUUAGCAUUAUGUAUUUUCACAGUGAAGGAAGGAAAUAGAAAUCGACAUUAGGUAUUAUCCUGAAUGCCAGAAAAGGCCAACAAAAUUGUAAAAUAUUGAGGGGUGACAGCGCGUGGCCGAGAAACCCACAGAGCUCAUUAUUCCCCGGCCUUCUAUGAAAAUAUAAAUGGCUCGAUCACUUUUAAACUUUAGUUUAUGUUAGAUGCAUCACAUGGGCUGGGGGUUACGUGCCAAAUUCAACGAGAAAAGAUUUAUCAUAGUAGUAUCUACGAUCUAUCCCAAACAUGCGUAUAAUAUUUCUUACAGCUCUCGCCCAUCAGUCUUUCUAUAUGUAUUAUAUUUCUCCGAUAAGAAUCCCUCGCUACUCAUUGUGGUGAAAGCAGAUUGCUUGAUUAAAAAGAGUGGUAACCAAUUUUCUGAAGCAAGCGAGGUGGAAACAUGUUCAUUAUCCAAUGACCGUGAAAUAGAAAAGCUUAUCUGAGUUGUGUUCAUUUUUUCAGAUAAAAAUUCAGAAAAACUAAGUUUUCGAUUGCUAUAUAGAUACAGUCGGAAAUUUCGAGCUGAUGGCGGGAUUGUGGAUGCUUUUGAUGCCGCUAUGGGGUCAAAUUGCGUCGGUAUGCUCCUACUGCCUUUCCACUGUGAUAUUGUUUUAUGCCAGCAAAACUAUUUGGCGUUGGUAUAUAUUUUCGACUGCAAACGAUCUAACAUCAACAUUGACUAGAGAUUUUCCGCUACCUCCAGGAGAUUUUGGAAUUCCAUUUCUGGGAGAGACACUGUCUUGGGCUCGUCAGGUAAAUGGAAGUGCAUUCAACUUGAUCAGACGAAAGAAAUAUGGAAACAUAUUCAGUACACACUUCUUAGGAAGAGCAAUGGUUAAAAUAACAGGAGCUGAAAAUGUGCGACAGAUUUUGCAAGGUGAACAUGAUAAAGUAACAACAAUUUGGCCGACAACAAUAAGAAAGAUUCUCGGUGAACAUUCUAUUGCAAACUCUGUAGGAGAAGAACAUAGACAUUUAAGAAAAUUCGCGAUGAAAGGUUUCACGCAUUCUGCGCUCAACAGUUACAUAUCGAACGCAAAGAAAAUAAUUUCGGAAAAGGUAAAACAAUGGACAGACACAGCUGGUCCCAGAAAAAUUUACGAUGAUAUUCUACAAAUGACAUUCGAAGUUUCAGCUAAAGCAAUGGUUGGUCUGACGUUUCCGUCGAAUGAUGACAGAAAUAAAGCAUUCAGUACAUUUCAUGAAAUGGUCAAAAAUUUGUUCAGCCUGCCAUACGAUCUUCCAUUUUCUGGAUUUAGAAAGGGUUACCAAUGCAAAGAGAUUCUUCACGCUAUGUUGCAUGAACAUUUAACGAAAAAAAUAAAACGACUGCAAUGCAAUGGUAAUGACGGUGAUGAUGGUAUACAAGAAGACAAUGACGUCAUGCAGUAUAUUUUGGAAGCAGACAUGGAAGAAAAUAGAAAAAAGCAACUACAUUGCUGGGAUAGUGAUUCGGAAAGAAGUGGCGAUGAAAAUGAAAAAUGUGGCUUUACUAUAGAAGAACUCAAGCAAAACGCUGUUGAGCUUAUGUUUGCUGGUUUUCAAACAACUGGAAGCAGUAUUUCGUCUCUUAUGAUUCAAUUGGCAAAACAUUCGGAUGUAAGAAAAAAAGUUGAAGAUGAAUUAGAAGAACACGGAUUUCUUGGAGCGGAAGAUUCCGAGAUAAAUUUAGAAAGAAUUCAGAAGUUGACUUAUUUGGAACAAGUUAUAAAAGAAACACUGAGAGUGAUGCCACCCAUUUUGGGAGGUUACAGAAGAGCACUGAAGACAUUUGAAAUCGGGGGUUACAGAAUUCCCAAAGAUUGGACAAUCAUAUACAACAUCAGAGAUACCCAUGAAUAUGAGUUUGAAGACGAUACUGAAUUUAAUCCUGAAAGGUUUUCUCGUCAGAAUUGGACAGAAAAUCGUCACAAUCGAUUCAGAUGGUUGCCAUUUGGAGGAGGCGCAAGAACUUGUGUUGGAAAAGAAUUCGCAAAGCUGAUGAUAAAAUUGGCCACAAUAGAACUAUUUCGUAAUUUCCAAAGCUGGGAAUUUGACGGUGGAAAACAACCCCCAAUGUUUCCGAUACCUACCCUUCAUCCAACAAAUGGAUUGCCUCUUAUAUUUACUCCUCGGCAGAAUACGGUUUCUAAUGGAAACGUACAAUUCAAUAAUUAAUUUUUUUAUAUUCUCGUUCUUUUUAUUUUCUUCGUAUUUUUCUAGUAAAAGCAACGAUGGUUGCUCUUCUUUUUAUCAAAAGAUAUAAAUGAAUUAUCAUAUUUCUGAAAGGAGCUUAUAUUUUCUCUGUGUCUGUGUGGCAUUCCUACCCUUAGCAUUCUCUAAAAGAAUCAUAACAGAUUGGAUUUUUUUUAAAUUUUUUCCCCAAUAAUUACAAUUCAAGUUAUAGUCAAUUCGAAUAUAUUUUCGAUAUAUUUUGUAGUCACAUUGAAUCGAAUAUUACCGCAGCUGCUAAAUCGUAGAUAUAAACUACCAAAAUGUUUUCUACUUGAUUUAAUUAUAUAUUUAUCAUGAUCAAUAUCAUAACUAAGUGUCCAAUGUAUUUCUGCAAUUCGACAAACACAUAUUUUGUUUCAAUAUUAAAUUAAAAAACGAUUAUCUUUGUUUAAGUUAACUUCAAAAUAUUACAAAUUACCUCACCCGUUGUUUAUUUUGAUUUUUUCAGCAUUGUUAUUCCUGAAGGUGUAUCGUUUUGUUUGCUAAUGCUUAUUUAUAUUUGUUAGUGAUAAAUUACAAAAUUAAUUAUCAAAAGUGGAAGCAGUAAACCCAGUACUUCCAUUAACGAAACUAAAAUCAGUGUCACAAGCAUAAACUUAUAAGUAGAAAAAUCGAGACAAAUAUUGACUUCAAAAAAUCACAAGCUCUCGUGCUAUCUAGCUCUUGAUGAUUAAUCUUUACUAAUUUCCAGAAUACCACGAAUCAGUUCAGUCUCCAAAACUGCAUUGACUAAGUGUUGGGAAUUUGGUAAAGUUCUGGGCAUUUGAACGACACACUAAAUUCUGGUCUAUUUUUCAAAUUUAUAUUUUAAAAGAGACAGAAUAAAUAAGUAUAACAAAGUGUGAAUUGUCUUACCGUUUUUUAAUAUGCUAAAAUAAUUCUAUCUUUCUUGCCAUUUGAAAUAUUAUAUUUAAUCUAUUUGUACCCCAAAUAUCACAGUUUACCUAUUGUUUUGUGAAUAAAUUUUUUAUGUUCCAUUUGUCAUGA